GCCGGUCCCGCUCCGCUCCCAUCCCUUCCCGCACAACUUGGGCUCGCCGGCAGCCUGGCACUGCCACCGCGCGCUCCUCCUGCCCUCUGCCCGCGUGUAGCGCUGCUAGGCGGUUCCUGAUCGGCAAAGCUGGGAAGAAAGCAAGCUGGCAGGAAUGAUGGGGGUGUAUUUAACGAUUCAAGUACUGGAUCAAACUUAAACUCAGUUUCUUACUCGGUGCGCUGGAAAGGUCACCUUGUCUUGCUGGAGAAGGAGCAAACUCUCAGCUCUGCUGCUUUCGGUGUAACAGCUUCCACGUACAUUCCUAAAUGUUCCUAGCUAGUUAGGCUGCCGGGCUUUACACACGGGCAUACUCAUGGUAGAUGAGAAAGGAAAGAACAUGAAAUGUCUCACCUUCUUCUUGAUGCUUCCAGAGACGGUCAAGAACAGGUCUAAGAAGAGCUCCAAGAAAGGAAAUAGCAGCAGCAGUAGCAACAGCAAAUUGCCUCCAGUUUGCUAUGAAAUCAUUACCUUGAAGACCAAAAAGAAGAAGAAGAUGGCUGCUGAUAUUUUUCCCCGAAAGAAACCAGCUAACACUAAUACGACUGCUGUCCAGCAGUACCAUCAGCAAAAUCUCAAUAACAACAACACUAUUCCUGCACCUAAUUGGCAAGGACUUUAUCCAACCAUCAGAGAGAGAAAUGCAGUGAUGUUCAACAAUGACUUGAUGGCAGAUGUUCAUUUUGUGGUCGGGCCACCAGGUGGGACCCAGCGGCUGCCAGGACACAAAUAUGUCCUGGCUGUUGGGAGCUCUGUAUUCCAUGCGAUGUUUUACGGAGAGCUGGCUGAGGACAAAGAUGAAAUCCGUAUACCAGAUGUUGAGCCUGCUGCUUUUCUUGCAAUGCUGAAGUACAUCUAUUGUGAUGAGAUCGAUCUGGCCGCAGACACCGUCCUGGCCACUCUUUACGCUGCCAAGAAGUACAUUGUCCCUCACCUGGCCCGCGCCUGCGUCAACUUCCUCGAGACGAGCCUGAGUGCAAAGAAUGCCUGCGUGCUGCUCUCCCAGAGCUGCUUGUUCGAGGAGCCUGACCUGACCCAGCGCUGCUGGGAAGUGAUUGAUGCCCAGGCUGAGCUCGCUUUGAAGUCUGAGGGCUUCUGCGACAUUGAUUUUCAGACACUUGAAAGCAUUCUCCGGAGGGAGACUCUGAAUGCCAAAGAAAUUGUUGUUUUCGAGGCGGCUCUGAACUGGGCUGAGGUGGAGUGCCAGCGACAGGAGCUGACGGCCACCAUCGAGAACAAGCGCAAGGUGCUGGGCAAGGCUCUCUACCUGAUCCGCAUCCCCACCAUGGCCCUGGACGACUUCGCCAACGGCGCCGCGCAGUCGGGGAUCCUGACCCUCAACGAGACCAACGACAUCUUCCUGUGGUACACGGCCGCCAAGAAGCCCGAGCUGCAGUUCGUCAGCAAGCCCCGCAAGGGCCUGGUCCCUCAGCGCUGCCACCGCUUCCAGUCGUGCGCCUACCGCAGCAACCAGUGGCGCUACCGCGGCCGCUGCGACAGCAUCCAGUUUGCCGUCGACAAGAGAGUGUUCAUCGCCGGCUUCGGGCUCUACGGCUCCAGCUGCGGCUCGGCCGAGUACAGUGCCAAGAUUGAACUGAAGAGACAAGGAGUUAUCCUGGGCCAGAACUUGAGUAAAUACUUCUCGGACGGUUCUAGUAACACUUUCCCCGUGUGGUUUGAGUAUCCCGUGCAGAUCGAGCCCGACACCUUUUACACAGCCAGCGUGAUUCUGGAUGGGAACGAACUCAGCUAUUUUGGACAAGAAGGAAUGACAGAAGUUCAGUGUGGGAAGGUGACUGUUCAGUUUCAGUGCUCCUCGGACAGUACAAAUGGCACAGGGGUACAGGGAGGACAAAUUCCUGAACUCAUAUUUUACGCUUGAAUGGGAGCGUGUGGAUACAAAGCGUUUUGCUAUGAAGAACCUGUCUGGUUCAGGCCUACUGACACUUAGCUUUUUAUCUGCAGAUAUGUGAUCAGUACAGGGAAUAUGUAACUGAAUGCUGUGGGCGAGUUCCUCGCUUGCUGUACUUGUAGCAUCGUUGGUGAUUAAGUGUAAUAUUUAAACUGGAAGCUCUUAGAAACAAGUGAGUUUUAAAGAGGGGUGCCUGUUUGCUGGUGAUGCUGACCCUUUCUUUGAUGCACUUGUGAAUCACCGGGGACAUCCCCCUCUUGUGUCUCACUAAACACUGUCUUCAUUGAUCCAUUUUCUCUUUCUCCAUUUUCUGCUUUCUGCUCGUAUUGGGGAGGUAGGGAUAGAAAAUGAAGAGCCUUGUUUUAUAGCUCUCUCUGCUGUCUGCUCUGCAAACUUUAGAAAUUCCAGUAAACCAAGCUGCUUUAGACCAUGGGGGCUGAAAGAAAUCCUUCAGUUAUAAGCAGAAAAAGCUCAAAUUUAAAGCUUCAUCCUGUGAGAUUCUCCUGCAGCCAACUGUUUGGGAUGGCUCCAGGGGAAGAUGAGGAGAAGGAAGCAUCUUUCAGGAAGCUCCAUGGCAUAUGGACCAUGUCCCCAGUGCAUGGAUGUGUUCACAGUGAGGAAGGGAUGUGGGCUCCGCAAGAUACCCUUGGAGUUCACUUUCUAGGAAUCCCACCUUGAGGGCAAGAAAGUACUUGCACAUGUUCAGAUUGUUUAUGCAGCUCUUGAAACUCUACUCCCAUGGCCCAGGUUUUGCUCCAUUGGAGUUGAUCUGCUCUUUAAAUGCUAUUUCUUUGAACCCUUGCUAAAUAAAUGGGAAUUUAUGCCUAUCAUAUGAUGCAGGAUAAUUUUUUGUUUGUUUUGUGUGGGUUUUUUUCUUCUUCCUAAACAUGGUAGAGGCAGAUUUUAAAGGAACAACAGAGUGUAUCAAUCUUGACUCAGAUUUUUUUCUCUAAUACGAGAUUUUUUUUAUUUUUAUUAGCAGUUGAAAUUUAGACAAAGACAGAAGAUUCCCAACUGGGGUCAUAUUACACUUAGUGUAUACCAUCAGAUAGCAGUGAGGGGGAGGAAGUCUCCUCUAAUGGGUUAUUGUUGGAGCUCUUGCAAACUGCUUAUGGCUGCACAUCAAUCAGAGGAUGAUGUGGUACAGAACCCUUUCCUUGCCUGAGUUUAUUCCCCCAAACUUCUGACUGCAUGUCUCUAUCACUUUUGCAAAAGUAUGAGGGAUACUCCUUGUAUCAGGGAAGGAAACCAGUAUAAGUAAGAACUACAGGUACUACUGAAAUGUGAGAAAAUCCUUCACCACUGCACUGGGACAAUUGUUCUUCAAAGGCUGCAUCUCAUUCUUGCUUCUCCUCCGAAGUGGGUUCUGUUUGUUGCGUACGUUUUAACAAAAUGAGAGGACCAAAUGAUUCUUUAGACUGGCUGAAAAUUAAAGUUAUGGUAUAUCAACACAUUAUUGUAGCAUAACCCUAAAUUCACUUGUCAGUUCUGUAACAAAAAUGUUUUUUCUCAUAUGAUUUCUUACCAGUUUAAUACUGUUCCUCCAAGUGUUGCUUGCCGGUUGGAAUCCUGGCCCCCAGCCAUCAGAAAUUGCCAAAAUACAUCUUUGCAGAGGCCAAAAUACCAUCUGAAGUAAGGAAAACUGGAGUGUAGUCAUCAAAUGCUUUAUGGCCAAAGCCCAGAUCUUCUCUCUAGGUAAAAAAAGGAGAGCCAGGUAAAAAAGCACCCCACAGGAUUUAUGCCUUUCAUCCCUCUUAGCAUUUUAUGUUUUGUAUACAUACAUACAUGUGUGUGUAAGCAGCACUCUUUCUGAAAUGUAAAUACCCUCAAAAUACAUGGAAAAAUGUUUUGUUUUUUGUAACAGAUGUACAUAAUCCAGACUGUUCGUGAAAUCUAAACAGAAUGCUCCAUGGAAAACUCCCAGGGAGAGAUUUAAAAAAACCUGCAGUUAUUUAUAUUUGGAUCUGCAGCUGAAAAUAGACAAGAGUAGAAAUGGAGUGGAGAAAGAGUUGCUGAAGAGAUUGUCAAAAGGAAUCUGAGAUUGUGAUGAGGUAAUGGUCACUUACUUUUAGACAACAUCUGGGCAGCAGUUCCAUUUAUUUAGAUACAUUUCAAAGCAGAGAAAGAUGCUAAUCAGCUGAUUGAGUUUUCGUACAGCAAGGGGCUGAUGCAGAUGUAAUUACCCCAGGUGAUGAGCAGAUUGACAGGUUGUGGUAGUGAGCUGCAUUCCAAUUUGUUUGGUAAAAAAAAAGGUGUCACAGCUGGUGGGACAAGUCAGAGAGUACUGCAUUGGUUUAACUAGUCUGGGGUUCUCACUUUUAAUUUAUUAUUUGUUUUGACUUAACCUGCAAAUAAAGGUGAGGUAUCUGCUACAUUCACUGACUGGAAGAGAAGUUCAGAGAUCAGAACACUCUGUAGCUGUAUUAGGUAGAAAAUGAGCUGUUAUUUACUUAUUGUUCUUAUUUGAUUCUUUUAUGAAGUAUUUUUUGACGAAGUAGGAUGAAAGCAACCUCUAGCUUAAUUCCUCUGAGUCCAUUCCAGGUUUUAGGAGCUGGUGCAGGGAAAGGUUUCCAGUGUGGGUGAUCAAACAAAGGCACCCAAAACACCUUUUGAUGCUCACAGCACAACUUGCUUCUGAGCACUUUGUGAUGCUAACAAGUAUUGGGAUGUAAGAAGCUGACCAGUGCCACUCACCUUGGGACCUCAGGGCACUUCAGUAGGUGUCAGAAUGUGGAUUUGGUUGGUUUAGCAGAAGCACCCAAGCUUGAAUACCUUGAUUGACAUUUUGCAAGCAUCAGCCAUAUCAGCCUGGAAUGUAAACAUAAUGUCGAUAGAGAUCACCUCGCAGAUUCUGUCUAAACUGUUCCUGGCUGUCUUUGCUACUUGUAUCUUUGAUUUGCUCAUGAGAGGAAUCUGUGAUAAGAGAGUAUAAUGUAAUAUACUUUCUGCAUAUCUAAAAUAGUAUUUAAGUAAACAUUUUAAUUUCCACACACUUAUUGCACUGAACUGUUUUGGGUUUUGUUUUUUUUUUUGUUGUUGUGAUAAACUUGGCCCACUUCAGGUCCCAGCACCCAUUUGUGCUGAAGCAGUGUUUGACCUUAGCAGGC